AUGAGACUCCACAGCCUCACCCUGCUCUCCUUCCUUCUCCUGGCUGCUCAAGUGCUCUCAGAAAAGGCCAGCAAAAGAGCCAAGGAUGCACCACCCAGCACCAAGGAGGAGGGUGCAUCUGAGUCCUUGGGGAAGGCUCAGAAUAAGCAGAGAAGCAGGGCAUCCAAAUCUCCGACGCAUGGCAAGUUUGUGACCAAAGACCAAGCCACAUGCAGAUGGGCUGUGACUGAGGAGGAGCUGGGCAUCAGCCUGAAGGUCCAGUGCACACAAGGCGACCAGGAGUUUUCUUGUGUUUUUGCUGGUGAUCCAACCGGCUGCCUUAAACACGACCAAGAGCAGACCUACUGGAAACAAGUUGCUCGCGCACUGCGCAAACAGAAAAAUGUCUGUGGGAACGCCAAGAGUGUCCUGAAGACCAGAGUGUGCAGAAAGAAAUUUCCAGAGUCUAACCUCAAGCUGGUAAACCCCAAUGCACAUAGAAGCAUGAAACCCAGGAAGGAGAAAGCAGAGAUCUCCUCAAAGGAGCACAACAAAGUCCAAGAAGCUGUCUCCAUGGAGCCAAACAAAGUCAAAGAAGACAUCACACCCAGUCCAGAAGACACCACACCCGCCCAGACUGUGGCCGUCAAAGAUUCAGAGUGUCUAGAGGACCCAGAUGUGCUCAACCAGAGGAAGACCGCCCUGGAGUUCUGUGGGGAAUCUUGGAGCUCCUUCUGCACGUUCUUCCUCAACAUGUUACAGGCUACAUCAUGCUAACGAGGUCAGAGGGAGCAGCCUUUAAGACAUGUGGUAUCAGAGCCUCACAGUCUGCU